AAUCAGUGGGACACACCCACACACACAGAUACACACAUAUAUUCAUCAUACUCAGUCCAUUGAAGAGCCGGGCUGAAGAAUCACCUGCUAUUGAACAUUUCUGCGACACAGACAGUACAGAAGGUCAUUGAGAAGAGCAAUGUCAGGACCAAGGCCUGUAGUUCUGAGCGGCCCCUCUGGAGCAGGGAAGAGCACUCUGAUGAAGAGGCUGAUCAAGGAUCAUGAAGGCGUCUUCGGUUUCAGCGUGUCACACACAACAAGGAACCCUCGACCAGGAGAGGAAGAUGGCAAAGGGCUGAACAAGCUCCCCUUGCUUCUGGGGGCUACUUUACUGCCCGUAGCAGACAUCUUUUCCUCUGAGGACUUAGACAUGACAAGCUCAUUUUCGUGUCCAAACGAAUCAAAAACACCACAUGAAGACUAUCACUACACAACAAGAGAGGCCAUGCAGGAGGGAAUUGCAAACGGAGACUUCAUAGAAAACGCUGAGUUUUCUGGAAACCUUUAUGGAACAAGUAAAGCAGCCAUAGAAGACGUGCAGGCCAAGAACCUUAUCUGCAUCUUAGAUGUAGACAUCCAGGGUGUGAGGAGGAUUAAAGAGACUGACCUGAACCCCAUCUACAUCUCCAUCCAGCCUCCCUCCAUGGAAAUCUUGGAGAAACGGCUGAGAGACAGGCAGACCGAGACAGAGGAGAGUCUACAGAAACGCCUGGAGGCCGCACGCAUCGAUAUGGAGCUCAGCAAGGAGCCAGGAGUGUUUGAUAUUGUAAUCAUCAAUGAUGAUUUAGAAAGAGCCUAUGAGGACCUGAAAGAUAUCCUCAAUGAAGAAAUCCAAAAAGUUCAGGAGGCCCAAUCUUAAAAAGGAUACAGAUACAUGAUCCUCUGCUACUGGAAAGAAGAACCAGGACUUUUGACUCUGGUCUAUAUUACUCCACCUUCAGUGAGUCAUGUGGUUUGUUCUUUGCCCUCACAUGGUCAGAAGUUUGCUCAGGGCAGUUAUAUGCUCAAUGCUGCUCGGAUAGAGAAGAGGGAUUUUUGUUCUUAACAGAAAAGGAAUGGGGGAGGGGUGAUGUUUUUUGGGUUGUGUUAGAUUUAGCCUUAACAAUGGUUGAUAUAGGUAUUAAAAUCCUGACCAGCUGUCUCAGCUAAACUUUGACAGGAAGAAAAAAAACAUGGUACAGAAUUCAGCACAAAGUUUGGUUUUGACAACCCAAAGUUUGACACUUCUCACCAGUCAGUACCUGUUUCAUAAAGCUCAAAAUAGUUUCUCUUGCUUUUGUUUUGUUGAAUUAAAAUACGGUAGAAAUCAUUUUCUCAAAGUCAAAUGUAUUUUUAAACCUUCCUGUGAUUCAUCUGUACUUUCAAUGUUAUGUUUCUAAAUUAUUGCUCACAUGAACAAGACAAUCUGCACAUCUGUGAUACAUGUAUGAUUGGGUGUUUGUAUUCAAAUCAGACUAAAUAAAGGAUGUACUUUGGUACCAUUUAA